AUGUGGGAAGCGCUCUUAACGACGCGCGUCUUUUGGACGGCUGUCGUAGCCUUUCGUCUCUGGAACGCACUGUUCGUACGCACGUUCUUUAACCCGGACGAGUAUUGGCAGAGCACCGAGGUGGCGCAUCGUCUCGUCUUUGGCUAUGGAUGCUUAACGUGGGAGUGGCACGAUGACGCUCAGCUGCGUGGGUUUGCGCACCCGGGUCUAUUCGCGGGUUUCUAUAAGCUGCUGCAUCUUCUGAAUUUGGACUCGCGAUGGGCAGUUGCGUACGGUCCGCGGCUGCUGCAGGGACUUUUGGCGGCUGCCAACGACUUUUUCCUGUUCAAGUUGGCGUGGGUUUAUGUUGAUGCAAAGGCGGCCAAGUGGGCGCUCUUGUGUCAACUGUUUUCGUGGUUUACCUUCUACGUCAUGGUACGGCCGUUCUCUAACUGUGUUGAGACGGUGUGUACGACGGCGGCGCUGGCAUUGUGGCCGUGGAAGUUUCUGGAGGACGGAGCUGAGCAGAAAAAAAGAAGCAAUGCGAGCUCAAUGAAGCACACCCAUCGCACGCUAGCACUCAUGUUCGCAGCGCUGGGUGUGCUCUUUCGUCCGACGGAUGUUGUCAUUUGGCUGUAUCCUGGAGUCUUGCAUUUUUUGCAAUCUCGCGACCGAGCGCAUCUUGUGUUCGGCAUUGUGUUGCCCAUUGCGAUUGUCACCUUGUUGGCGAUGUUGUGCAUCGAUCGUCUUGGAUAUGGCGAGUGGACGUUCGUACCUUUCAAUUUUUUCAAGUUUAACGUCCUUGAGGGUAAGGAUAAGCUUUAUGGUGAGCACCCAUGGAGUUGGUAUUUCUUGCAGGGUUAUCCAGCUAUCGUAGGCACAGCGUUGCCGAUAGUGCUUGUUGGGUACUUCACUAUUCCAUCCUCGAAGAAAGACAUUGGACGUACGAUUCUAUCGGCUCUCUUCAUCUACAGCAACGCGUCUCACAAAGAGUUUCGGUUCGUCCUUCCACUACUUCCGCCCGCGUUCAUGUAUGCUGGAUACUGCUUGCGUAACCUGGAGCUGGGGCUCUACGUUCAGGUUCGCGAUAGCACGCAGUUGACCCUUCUGCGGCUCGCUGCUGCUUUGGUCAUUGUGCCGAAUGUGCUCACCGCCUACUAUCUCUCUCGAAACCACCAGCGAGCUCCAGAGGAAGUGAUGGACUAUCUCGCAGACCGCAUUCAGCAAACCCCCGAGGCAACGGUUCACUUCUGGACUCCUUGUCAUGCAACGCCGUACUACAGUUAUCUACAUCAGAAUGUCUCCAUGUGGUUUCCGGACUGCUCGCCAGCUAACCGUGAGCGAGCUGAAGGCAGCGAGUCGUACCAGCUUGAACACGAUCCGAGGCGUUUCAUCACAAAACUUUACCAUUUAUCGCCAUUGGAUAAUCUCGCCAGUGAACCUUCCUCAUUCAUGGAGCUUCCAACGUACGUCGUGACGUACUCUACGAUUGGGGAGAAAAUCAGGUCGCUUCUAGCUGACACGAACUUCGUCGAGGCAGCCGCAUUCCACCAUAGCGACGUGAGUGGCGAUGCAGAUUCCCCGGAAGUCGUGUCGAGCAUGCUGGUGUACAAGCGAGUAGAGUAG